AUGUGCGUUCUACUGAUCUUGUGGACUGUGCUGAUGUGCACUUUUCCACAUCUGGCCCUGCUUUCCGGUCCGGUGGCCAGAGCACUCUACGCCAUAUGGGUUUCUGUGAUGUUCUUUUGCGUGAGCGGUGUGCUAGUCCUCGCUCCGUCAGCAACCCAGAUUCUUUUCGGCCCGAAAAAUAUGGCCAUCAAUUACGGGAUCAUGUUCACUGCGCUGAUUCUUGGUAGCGUACUGGCCGCUUUGAUCACAACUGUCCGCGUUCGUGGAGAAUGGACAAUUCUGUUCGCAGCGAUUAGUAUGACUUGCGUUCUAGCACUGCUCGUUGUCGUUUGGAUUCUCGAUGCGAAAGCCCCGCGACAACUGCAAUUCAUAAACUUAUUUGCAAAACUUCGUGCAACCUGGUGUGCCCGUCACUGUUGCUGUCCGAAGUGUUGUUAUCGUCUACCCCAAUUGGAGGCUGAAAUUCAAGUUUCUAGACUCUAA